UUUCGCAUUUCAUCAUUCUCAGAAAUAUCCACCGUCACUCAAUAAAUGUACACUGACGUCUGUAUGUAUCAUUCUUGUUAACAAGAGAGUAAUCACCGGCAGGUUUAAAUUUACGUCCUGCGUAGACUAACAAUGACAGAUAUCCAACAGCCAAUUACGAAUCUUAUAUACAGUUCCAUGUCCAGGAGCGCGGUCAAACACAGUCCCAAACAAGGGAACAUGACACAUAGCGGGAGACCCCCCAAACAUGUCAAGUAUAAGGAAUAUCUCGACCGUCUGGGAUCUUUUGUCGCCUGGCCCAUCAGGUACGUCCCGAAAACUCCGGAAGAGCUUUCAACAGCCGGGUUCUUCUAUAUCGGGUCAGCUGACAGGGUCACGUGCUUCCAGUGCGGGAUAACUCUGCGAGAUUGGGAAGCAGACCACAACGCUGUCGAAGAACAUAGACGUUAUUCUGCCGACUGCGACUUCAUCAACAGAACAGAUAUGCCACAUCUUGGUGUUUCAGAGAGGAACUCAACAAGUGGCCAUUUACCAUCGGGUGCUUCAAUCACUGUCAACAACGUGGAAAGGUCUGAUACAAGACAAAGCGAUACUGGGAGCUUUGAAUGUUUCAGCACUAGCCACAUGCACUCAAGGGCGUCAAACAUACUCUCCGACGCUGAAAGUACUCCAAGAAGUGCAAGCGUAGUCAAUAGUACCGAGGCUCUGUUAAACAAUCUGACCAUUAAUGGCCCCUCCUCUGCUAAUCGUCCUCUUCCUACGGGGGGAAGGAACACAGAUCCUGUCUCCAGUACAUCUGCUUCUGAGGAAGGACUAUUGAAGACUGUAAUGUCGGACCAAGUCAUCACUGCAGCACAAGGACCACCAGAACUUCAUCCACUUCUGACGGAGAACAAGCGUCUGAAAGAACAGCGCAUGUGCAGAGUGUGCAGAACCAAGGAUGCCGCCAUCUUGUUCCUACCAUGUGGUCAUCUUGUCACGUGUCCCGGAUGUGCAGACAGUGUGCAUGACUGUGUUGCGUGUGGACGGAGCAUACUUGGUACUGUCAAAACAUAUCUGGCAUAAGCUUUUGAUGUAAAUCAUAUCAGUGAGACUUCCCAGUUAUGAAUUUCAACUCAGAAUUCUUCGACAAAAUGUCAAACGUGAUAAAAACGAUCUGGUGCUAACUGUUAUGUUGCAGUGUUCUUUUUCCAACACUAUUUCCAUUUUCCAUAUUACAUCUAUAUGCAUCCAUGCCACGUAUACCCAGGACAUCGUGUAGUCUAUUAACGCUAUUAUCAUUAUGUAAAGAGGUUGUGGCAGAAUGCCAAGAAAGUCAUAGAAUUUCACUUUUUUUUUCCACUUUUUUAUAUGCUAUCUAUAUGUAUCCAUGCAACGUAUAGCCGGGAAAUCAUGUCAUCUAGAUCUAUUAAGGGCAUUAUAAUUAUGCA